UUACACAAGUUUUGCUGUUUUGUUGCAUUGAUCUGCAUGCUGUUGGGCUGUUAAUAAGGACAGAGAAAACAAAAUAAAAACAGAAAAACAAAAAGGAAAGAAAAUUACCAACAUGGCUACUCGAUCAUUUUCUACUUUUGUUGAGCAAGAAAUGGGGAGGUUCACACAUUUUGUGAUCUAUGUGUUGCUUGAAUGGGUGCUGAUAUUCAUACUCUUCCUUGAUGGGUUUCUUGCAUUUGCGGCCAAUGAGUAUGCAAGAUUCUUUGAAUUGCAUAUCCCUUGCUGGCUGUGCACCAGGUUUGAUCAUGUUCUGGUUCACAGAAAUCAUGAUUUCUAUUACAAUGAGUCUGUUUGUGAGGCUCACAAGAAGGACAUGUCGUCUUUGGCUUUUUGUCACAACCACAAGAAGCUCUCUGACAUAAGGAAAAUGUGUGAGGGGUGCCUUCUUUCAUUUGCAACCGAGAAGGAAUCGGAUUGUGACACAUACAAGUCCCUUGUGGGGAUUUUGCACAAGGAUUUGGAGUGCUUUGUUCAGGAUGGCCAGCCGAUUCAGUUGAGUUUGAAGGAUGAUGGGUUCAUGCAGGUUGACAGAUUCAACAAUCAAAGGUGUUCUUGCUGUGGAGAGCCUUUGAAAAUGAAGACUACCAAUGCAAAAGUGAAGCACUCUUCAUCGUUUGCGCGAGCCCCGAAUCCUUCACCGCGAGCUUUUCCAUUUUCAUCAUCAAAAAGCGAGGACUCUCAUUCUCUGGAAUUGCCUCACAUGAGGUACAAAGAACUGAAGUUUAUGUCAUAUCACGAUUCCGAGCUUCACGAGGAUGACUUCAAUAUAAAUAGUCCGAAUGUUAAAUUAAGGGACGACCACAAAUCUGUCUCAAUGCCUCCCGUAUUGUCAGAACUUGAUGAUCUGAAUGAUGAGUCCAGCAAAUUCACCCCGACUUUUACAAGGGGCAAUAAGUUCUUUGGUAUCCCACUCACUGAUUCUGCAAACAACAGUCCCAGAUGGACUUACAGAAUUACCAGGAAAUCACCACUGGAAAAGACAGAAUUUGCCUCUGAGUCUAAUGAGGUAACCCAAAGUGAUUUUGAUGAUGCCAUCUUAAGCAAUUUGAACAGACAAGUUCGUUUGGAUCGCAAAUCACUCAUGGCUUUGUACAUGGAGCUAGAUGAAGAAAGAAGUGCUUCAGCUGUUGCUGCCAACAAUGCAAUGGCCAUGAUCACUCGGCUACAGGCUGAAAAGGCAGCUGUGCAAAUGGAGGCUUUGCAGUAUCAGAGAAUGAUGGAAGAGCAGGCUGAGUAUGAUGAAGAAGCCCUGCAAGCAAGUAAUGAUAUGCUUCUCAAGAGAGAGGAAGCAAUGAAAUCUUUACAAGCUGAAUUGGAGAUUUAUAAGAAACAAUAUGGAUGCUUAGCAGAAGGAAAUGCUUCUAGUAGGGAAACUAUCUCGUCCCUUGGUAACAACUCUUCAUUUAGUUUCAAUGAAGGUCAUGAUAACGGAGAAGAAAAGGAUCUCAACUCUAGUCAAGUUGUGUCAUCUCAGGCAGAAAAUGGAGAGAUAAGACACAGUGAAUCAGUCAAAGAUUUUAAAGCAGAGAGAACAUAUCUUCUUGGCCGGAUAAAGAAAGUAGAAAGUAGAACACCCUUCGAAGAAAGUGGAGUUUAUUCCUUACUGUCUAGCUCUGACAGUGUUAAUAAUUUAGACAAUGAGAAAGGAAAAGGAGGCGAAAUCUUUCUACCAAAAGAACUGUCUUUUCUUGCUGAAAGAGUGAAGGCUCUAGAAGCCAACAGUGGGUUCUUAGACCUUGUUUCCAAUAAAGAUGAGAAAGAUGGUGAAGGUACCAAAAUUUUGACAGAGAUAUCACAGAAUAUAGAGAAACUCAGUCACCUUGUUAUGAACUCCUUUGAGGUAGAGAGUGCAUGAUGCCUAUUUUUCUUUUAUAGUAACUGGCUCUUUAAGUGUUCAUGAGGCUCAGAAUGAAGAUAAUUGAACUUCUUGAGGCUCAGCCUGUAAUAGAAAGACCAAAAAAGUCUUGCUUGUGGUAAAGAUUCCGAGUUAUUCUGAUACUAAAGGUCCUUUGCCAAAUGACAGCUCAUGUGUUGAAAGCAUGAAUGACUUUCUUAUGCCUCAAGAAUGUCCCUGUAAAUUAUUUAAAUUGCUCAGAGGUCAAAGACUUCAAAACUCUGAGCAUGUCUUGUAAUAGGUUUUUAAGAUCCCCAUUUCUAGGCUUCUCUAGCUUUACUAGGAUCAUUUGGACAAACUUGUCUAGGGUUUGCUUGUUUAUAAGACUAUUAUUGUCAACCUUUCCUUUUCUUUUUUAUUACAUGGAAGAAAUGUAAAUUUUAUAUUCCAUUCAAACAGUAAAACAUUCAUUAAAACUCGCCUAUACUAAUCAAAUUCAAUUUCCCAAAUGCUUUUAAGUCUUGCAGGAAUUAGGAUAUAAAAAACCUCUUUUCCAACCAUCCCCAUACUACACUGUUUCAUUUUGUGAAAUACUAUAUAAGCCUAUUUUUGUCAAUUGAACUUGAUAUAUUUCCAGAUUCAUAAGUUGUUAAGCUUUUCUUAUAACUAAAUGAA